AUGAGUGGAAUGGGAAAGGUUUUCAAGGAGGGCUGGCACCCCAAGAGCCGCGAGGGAGGAAAGGAAAGCUGGCGCGGCGACUUCAAGGGCAUCAAUCAAGUGGCAGGAUGGAUGGGCAAAGGCAAGGACAAAGAUGCCGAACGCGAAGAGCACGUUUCCCGCCCUCUUUCAUCGCUCAAGGAUCCCUCGUCGUUUGGGCCGCCACCGAAGCACGUCAAAUAUCACGGCGCGGCCGCCCUUCCGAAUGAAACGACGCCCGAUCGAACCGGCCUAGGUGCUCCGCUAUCGCAAGAACAAAUCAAUUAUCAGAAGGAGCAGGAACAGGCAGAGCUCCAGGCUCAGGAACAAGAGGCGCAGAGGCCGGCACCUCCUCCGCUUCCCUACCGGGCGAAUCGAACCGGCGUCGACCCGAGUACUCUCCCGCCGCCUCCUGCGCGACGCAUGGGCUCGCCGGCUGAACCUGCCAUCCCGACGAAUACAAGGCCCAAGCCAAGCGUUCCUCCUCGCAUCCCUCCCCGGACUAAUUCCACCCCCGUGUCGCACCCGCCGUCUCCGCCUCCUGCUUACUCGCCGAGUCCGGCAGAAACCCCUUCGGAUCCGUAUAUCAACCAGGCCGCUACGUCUCGUCUCGCUCAAUCGGGGGUCUCGGUACCGGCGCUCGGGAUUGGCAAUGGGGGAAGUCAGUGGCGGAGAGACAGCAACUCUGCCUCUCCAGCCCCUACCGGCUCCGUUGGGCAAGCUCCGCUCAACGAGCUACAGAGCCGAUUCUCUCAAAUGAGAACCAACUCCAGGGAGGCGCCCCCUCCGCCGCCAUCGCUGGGGGCGUACGGCAACGAGCAAGCGUCGCAAUCGCCUGCCCCUUCAGACACCCGUAGCGCUCAGGCACAUUUCAAUGACUUUCGUGAGAAGCACAGCGACAAGAUCGAUGCUGGCAAACAGAAGUUGUCCGGUCUCAACGAGAAGUACGGGAUCAAAGACCGCGUGAAUGGCUUCCUAGGCGAUAAGAAACCAUCUUCCUCGGCAGCCUCAGGCCCACCACCUGUUCCCCGACAUCCCAAUGCGGUUCAACCGCCUCCUUCAGCUAGCACCGAGUCCUUGGGCCAAAGGAAGGCUCCGCCGCCGCCGCCUCCUAAGAAAUCGGGGAUGCGGUCAACUCCUGUUCCGUCGGCGCCGACACCACCACCAAUUCCAUUGGGCACGAAACCUCGUUGA